GCCUUGUACAACGGCGCCCUGGUCGCGCACCCCUUCGCGACGAAGGCCGCCGGCACGGGCGUCACCUACGUCCUCUCGGACCUCACGGCGCAGGCGUUCGAGGGCUCGCGCGAGCCCGCGGCCGCGCGCCUCGGCCGCGCCUGCCGCUUCGGCGCCAUCGGCGCCCUCUGGGUGGGCCCGCUCCUCGCGGCCUGGUUCCAGGUCAUGGACUGGGCCGUGCCCGGCGCGGGCGCGGCGAGCGUCGCCGCCAAGGUGCUCAUGGACCAGUGCAUCCAGGGCCCCUUCAUGAUCUCGUCCAUGUUCGUGCUCGCGGCCCUGAGCGCCGGCGAGUCGCGGCGCGACGCCGUGGGCAAGGCGCGGCGCAUGCUCCGGCCGACCUGGGUCAAGAGCGUCUACGUCUGGUCGCCCGUGCAAGCCGUGCAGCAGACGCUCGUGCCCCUCGAGUACCGCGUCGCCGUGGCCAACUUCGUCUCCUACUUCUGGGACACCUACCUCGCC